AUGGCUUUUUCAGUACAAGAUCGAACUGCUCUUAUCACUGGCGCAGGCUCUGAAACUGACAACCCGCGAGGAAUCAACUUUUCCUUUGCGAAGCUACUCCUUGAGAGCGGUUGCAAUGUACUGAUUGCCGACCUGACUCUGCGAUCAGAGGCCAAGGCCCUGGUCGAGAAGUACGACAGAGGUUCACCGCGCGCCAUUUUCCAGGAAACCGACGUGCGAGACUGGCUCCAACUCGAGCGGAUGUUUGAGGUGGCUGAGCGGGAGUUUGGAGAGGUCGAUAUUGUCUGUCCUGGCGCAGGUGUCUACGAGCCGCACUGGAGCAAUUUUUGGCGUCCACCUGGCUCGGCGCCAAGCGGAGACGCGCGUGAUGGUGGCCGGUACGCCCUGGUGGAUAUCAACAUUACACAUCCAAUUCGUUCUUCGCAGCUCGCAAUCGCGCAUUUCUUGAAGCACCGUAAGCGCGACCAACCGAAACACCUGAUUCAUAUCUCCAGUAUCGCUGGGCAGGUCUCAGCUAUGGCGGCACCAAUGUAUGUUGCAUCCAAGCACGCCAUUAGCGGGUUCGUCCGAUCAUUGGGGAAGCUCGAACGACUUGGCAUUCGUGUCACCGCUGUGGCCCCUGGUGUCAUCAAGACACCGCUGUGGACUGAACAUCCAGAGAAGAUGCAGAUGAUCAAUGAGAGCGCUGAUGAAUGGGUGACACCUGAAGAAGUCGCCGAGGUCAUGCUGGCGCUUAUACAGCAGGACUCCGUUAGCGAGAUCAUAGGUGAUCGGUCGGGGAAGGGUCGGCAGUAUCAAAUCACCGGAGGCACCAUCCUUGAAGUGUCAAAGACCGUCCGUGAGGUUGCUGCGGUCAAUGAUCCAGGCCCAGGUGGUCGGCCGGGAAAUAGCGUCUCUCAUCAAUCUGCUGUAGAAGAAGAAAGUUUCCAGCUCCUGCGAGAGGAGGGCUGGGGUGGCGCCAAGGACUAA